AAAAUACCAAUAUUCAAUUCUUCUUCUUCUCUUCUCUCUCUCUCUCUCUCUCUCUCUCUCUGUCUCUCCACUUUCUUUCUCCUUCUUACAGUGGUCGGUUAUCAGCAUUCAGUAGCCCCAUAUUCACCACUACCCUCUUUCUUCUUCUUCUUCUUCAACCUUCAACACUAAUCCAUACUUAAAAACCUACUAAUUCAAUCAAACUAACCAUUAAUUCGUCUAAGUCUGAGGGUUCAUCAAUGGCGUUUUAGUGGCUGGACCCCACUUUCCCUCUUUCUGUCAAGUCUCAACCUUGAAUUCUUUCUGUAUAUCUUCUCUUUCAUUUCAACCACCAUUCAUGAUUCAUGUUAAUGUUCACCGCAAAACCCAGCGAUAUGAACAAGCCUUCAACUGAAACACCCAACACCCACUGCGAUUUACUCACCAAGUUCAAGCGUUUCAAGCCUCUCGAACCUUCUCUUGGCAUAGCUAGCUUCUUCUUGCUCACCCUCCUCGUCUUCCUCUCCUGCUUCUUCUACCUCGAUUACAGAGGCUUACGCUCUUGGGGAACUACGCUUCUCGGUCUCCACCUCCCUUCUUCUUCUUCUUCCUCUUCUUCCGCUGCUCCUCCACUGGUUCAGUUUCUCUCCAAAGAGGGCGAUCAAUGCAAUGUUUAUGAUGGUAACUGGGUUUGGGAUGAGUCCUACCCUCUCUACCACUCUGCCAAUUGCUCCUUCCUUGAUCAAGGUUUUCGAUGCUUUGAGAAUGGAAGACCUGAUUCCUUUUACACCAAAUGGCGAUGGCACCCCAAAGCUUGCAACUUGCCCAGAUUUGAUGCAACGAAGAUGUUGGAAACUCUACGCAAUAAGCGGCUAGUUUUCGUUGGAGAUUCAAUUGGAAGGAACCAAUGGGAAUCGCUUCUUUGCCUGCUUUCUUCUGCAGUGGCAAACAAGAGUAAAAUCUAUGAAGUUAAUGGGAGCCCAAUCACAAAGCAUACAGGCUUCUUGUCGUUCAUGUUUGAAGAUUACAACUGCACGGUUGAGUACUACAGAUCGACGUAUCUGGUCGUGCAGGGACAUCCUCCUCCAGGAGCACCUGAAGGGGUGAGAUUGACUUUGAGACUGGAUCAUAUGGACUGGACUGCUCAUCGGUGGAGAGAUGCAGAUGUGCUGAUUUUCAAUACCGGACAUUGGUGGAACUAUGAGAAGACUAUUAAAAUGGGUUGUUACUUCCAAAUAGGAGAGGAAGUGAACAUGAAUUUGACCAUAACAGAUGCGUUCAGAAUAUCGGUGGAGACGAUGAUUGAUUGGAUUGCCAGAGAAAUAAAUAUGAACAAAUCUUAUGUCCUCUUUCGAACUUAUUCUCCCGUGCAUUUCAGGGGUGGUGAUUGGAACACUGGUGGUGGUUGUAACUCGGAAACACUGCCUGAUUUAGGCUCAUUGCCAGCAGUAUCUGACAGUCAUUCAAGAACCAUUGUUGAUGUCUUGUCAGAGCACGCCGGCGAACCAGUAGUUAUGAAUUUGGACCUGCUGAAUAUCACGCAGAUGUCGGCAAGCAGAAAAGACGGCCAUGCAUCUGUUUACCAUAUCGGGCCAGACCGAAGGGCCCCUAUGCAGCUGCAAGAUUGUAGCCAUUGGUGUUUGCCCGGUGUUCCUGAUUCUUGGAAUGAGAUUCUCUAUGCACUUCUUCUCAAGAGGAAUGCACCAAAAUUUUCCCAAGUUUCACUAUAAUCAGUAUACUCAGUCAGUCCACAUCGAAUAUGCAAAUUUAUGCGAGAGAGCUUUCGCUCGCAUAUCUUUGCUGCCACCUUCUUCUCUGUGAUUCAUUGAUUGAUGAGUGACAUGGAGCUGCAAGCUGAAUUGGGUGUGGAUGCUUCUAACCAUCUGUUUUUAAUUUCCUGGAAAAAAUCAUUGCUUGACCCUCUUUGUAGGUGGGGAAAUCAUACUCACUGAGAGACAAGCUUGAUGGAUCAGAAUUCACAAGGCAUACAACAAUUUUUUGUUUUGGAAAAAUUCUUUGUAAAUUUCAUAAGAUGUUGGUACUAAGAAGCAUAGUGGAGACAUUGAUGUUAUUGUUUUGUACAUAAAAAAACAGUAUUUUGGUUUAUACAGAAAAUUUUCCUACCAUAUAAUUCUUGCAUGGUGCUUUUCUGUUUUCGGUGUUUGUUUAUUCAGUUCAGCUGUACUAUAG